UCUGUAGUUGUGCUGACAAGUAGGGGAGAGUAAAUGAUGAAAAUAUGAUCCACUGAAAUUUAGUAAAUUCGUUUUCGUUUCUUACCUGUAGUUACAUCGCAGAGAAGAGGGGAAAUGCAAAUACUUAGUAUGACACAGAAAUAUCAUGAAUCCGGUGAGCCAAUAAACCAUAAGCAUAAUCAUGUUGAAGUGCGCCCGCCGCAGUGGAAGGAAGUAGAGGAAAUCAUCCUCUCACGACGCGACGUCAACCUCCUGCAACAGAACGACUGCGGCGUGCUUAUGUAGUUGGUGCAGCCAUUAUUUCUGGUCGUGGCACGGCGGGCGGUAGUAGGAAGACAUCUCUACUACAACUACCGCUGCUGCUGUUCCAUUUAUCACUGAGGAUGGUGCUCUCCGCGAGGACGUCGACGUUUUCGGCCGGCGCUGCCGGGGCGAGCACCAGCACCGCAGUCGUUGUUACACGACACUUCUGUUCUUCUUGGCUCCUUCUUUUCUUGUUCUUCGGUGCGCAGAAGAUGCUACCAUUUGGUGCCAGAGCGACUGUUCGGGACGAAAGAAGAAGUAGCCAAAGCGCCGACGUCGACGUGCGGCCCGGCGGGGAAACCACCACGAGUUCGAACGAGGAAGAGGAAGAGCAGAAGCUGCCAAGAAUUGGUCACGAGCGGACUACAACAGGAGCCCCAGCCGCGGCCGAUGACUCCUUUGACGAUGAUGUUGUUCGUCGUGGUGCAGGCGAACAAAAAAGACGGAAUAAACCUGCCCGCGGCGCGAGUUCCUACAAAACUCCUCUGCAGCCCGAGGAAAAUGCGCUCUUCGACGUGGUUCUUGAAGGGAGUGCACCAACUACUUCUAGAAGAGCCACGGCCAAUCAGGCCGCCGCGCCAGCGUCCGGCGGUCGCGCAGCUCUUGAAGUUGGGGCCGCAGGCACUGGAGCAGCCAUACCUCCUCCAAGAACAACGGAAGUUGUGGACUUGCUUCUCGAACAAGGGCCUGUGGAACAAGAUGAAGACCAGGCCGAGGACGUCGCGUCUGAGCAGCCGGAACACGAACAGCAAGAAGUUAACAAGCCAGAACAACACCAAGACCGGCCUCUUGAAAAGCAUCUUCGCGAUCAUCUAGUUCAUGUUGUUAAAAAUAACGACCCGCAUCACUGUCCGAACCUACGGGGCGGUAGAACCUCUACAAGUGAUAGCAGUUUAGCAACGUCUUCAAGUAGUAGGGCAGCUGCAGCUGCUUCAAGUUUCUCUACUACUACUGUGGUACAAGUGGAAGAAGUAGUGCAGGAACAGGUCGAUGAAGAAAAUAAACCAUCGUGGUUCCUCAAUUCAACGGGGUCAUCACCAAUAUCAUCGGCAGAAGAUGAAAAUAAAAGCGGAGAAUCAGAAUCUCUUACGUCCUCGACGUCGGACUUUGUACAAAAGACUGCUGGAAGAUCCGUUGUGAGGACCACCUCCGACGAGUUCCAGAAGAAGGAAGGAGAAGAAAAACAACAACACCAAGAAAAAGAACAGCAGCGCACAAGGGUGCAAGUCGGAGACCUGCUAGGAUGUGCGUGCAGUGCUGGAGAACCUGCGUUCUCUCUUUCCGAGGAUUUUCUCGACCGGCGGUUUGCGUGGGCUCGUCUCGAGCCUAUUUGCAAACCACCGGCCUUCUGCCCCGUAUUUGGGCGACCCUACUACGUCCCGUGGAACGCCCCGCUCUCUCUAGUGGACCAGCUUGGCAAAAGCCCACGCUAUUUAAAAGCCAACAAGCGCUUGGUGGGGUCCACGCGGCACAACUUGGUAGAGCUGCGAUAUCAACAUGAUCAAGAAACAGAACCCCCGGGGAGGAGGACGGGCGGCCGCUCGCCUGGUGGUGCUGAAACCGCCACAAUCUCGUCACCUCCGGGAAAUAAAGCAGCCACCUUGUUGGGCCGAUGCGCAGGCGCUGGCCGCAGCCGCUUAUUCUCGAAUCUUCUCUACUCCUACAGUCGACCGAGACGUGGAGCUGUUAUCUAA